AUGGGCGUCGCAGUUGUCCUCUUGAUGCCAAGUUAUCCGGAGAGCGCCAGAUGGCUUUCAAAUGAAGAGAAGAGUUUCCAGAUCCAGCGGCUAGGAGAAAAUAGCUCGAAAGGCAAUGCUAAGUUGAAUUGGCCUGACGCCAAAGAAACGCUCAAGGACCUACGACUAUGGGUACACUACUUCACCUAUCUCUGUCUGGGUGUAGCUGUGUCUUCACUGUCGCUUUUUGCCCCCACCAUCGUCUCUGGACUUGGGUAUAGGGAUUUGCAAGCUCAACUCUUUACUGUCCCUCCUUAUGCGAUAGCGUAUGUUUUCACUCUUGCUUUUGGAGUCUUAUCCGAUCGCAAGAAGUCACGAGGAAUUGUUGCAGGAAGUAUGUUGGGCAUGAGCGCAGUUUCGUUCCUCAUCCAAGGUAAACUCUUCGGUCAUUCAACUUAUUUCCAUAUCUUGUCUCCUUUUCUUCAGUUCCUAGCAACUCUGCCAGGCGAAAGCUACGCGGCAAGAUGCGCAUUUCUGUGCAUUAGUACGGCUGGAACUUUUGCAGGACUGCCGUCUCUUUGCGCUUGGGUGUCCGACAAUGUGCGGAACACAACGGCCGGCUCGUUAGCGUCCGGACUUAAUAUUGCAUUCACUGGUCCUGGUCAGAUUAUCGGAGUCUGGAUAUAUCGAGCCCAGGACAAACCAUUCUACCGGUUGGGACACGCCAUUAAUGCCGGGUUUGUGUUAGCUGGAGCACUGCUGUCAUUCGGGCUGUCAUGGCACUACAUGCGUCUCAACAGGAAGCUUGUGGGAACCAAUGCUACAAGGUGGGUCCCUUGA